AUGUCCUUGAUAUUCGUGGUCAUCCUUUGGUAUGUGGGACUCAGUUCUGCACUCGCCAUUCGCCAAUCCUGCCAUGUUCAGGAUGUAACCCAUACCUUCUACGGAUUUCCCGACAAUGAUCCCCCCGGCUCUGCGAUCGCGUAUGAUUGCGGCCGUGGUCUGACGGCUGGGGGAGUUGGAACCUUCAACGACCCCUUAACCUUCGCCUCAGCCCCGGGCGAGUUUCAGAUCUGCGAAAUCAUCUAUGAUCCCUAUCUGCGCAAGUAUCUUCGCAUGGAGGAUUACUGUGACUCCUGUAAUCGGAACUGGGCCAACAAGGUCUGGCAUAUCGAUAUAUGGACAGGGUCCAUUACUGUCAAUGGAGGAAAUGAUCAGCUCGAUUGUGAAAACAAGUUGACUCCGACACCGCAACACAAGCCUAUCAUUAGAGGGCCGGGGCCUAAUCUACCCGUGGACAGUACACCCCUCUAUGUUAUAAAAGAAGAGAAAAUGAAGAUCCACCAGCUGGUCUUCUUCUCCCUCGUUGCGCUUGCUACUUCUGCGCCUGUUCCUGAAGAGGAUAAGCGCAGUAGCAUUCUAGAUGGCUACGUGUCAGCCGGUGAUAUGGACAUUCCCCACGCCUCCAAACCCGAGCCCACCAAAGAGCAAGACAGGAUGUACAACGGAAUCUGGAUACCUCAUACCAUAGAUUGGAGAUUCCCGCCUCGUGCAACCCGGUCUGAAACUGAAACAGACUUGUCAUCUGGUGGCGCCGAGGAAACCAGAGACGAUAAUGAGGACCAAUGA